AUGCGCCGCAUCGCACGCACGACUCCGCCCGAGGCGGCGCAACCUUCUUCGGCUAUGAACGACCCCCAAACGCAGUCCCUGCCAUACACCACCCAUGCAUCCUCCGCCGUGACCCCCGCAGCGACUUCCUCCGAGCAGGACCAUCAUCGCUCCCCCGUCUACCCCGAUCUCCUGGGCGGCCCGCCCAUCCCCCCGCCGAGGACCUCGUCAACCCACCGGAGUCACCACGGUUCGAGUGCACGACCCGCGGCGUCCGGAGAAAAGAGCUCGAGCUCGCGGCAUGGCAAGAACAGGGCGGAUGAUCGGAGCACAAACCACCGGGAGACAAGGGACGACGAUACCCAUUAUCCACACAUGGAGGAGCAGGAGAUCAGCGCUCUCCAUUCGGAUGAAGCCAUGGAGGGCCCCGGCACGUUACCCAAGGAGUCCAGUUCGGUGAUCAACCAGGUCCUGGUGAGCGAUCCGUCGGUGGAUAUCGAGCGGGAGCAGGUGCGGCAAGUUGGAACAUCGGCGUCCCCGUCGACGGAGAGUGCUCCGGCAUCCGGGCUGGGUUUGGUCGGGAGUGACGGUGUGGAUGAUGGAGGUCGCGGAGGACUGCGAAGUCGGCACGACUACUCGGAGCAAGACGCCAAGCGCAAGGAAACGACGUUCGGGCAAUAUAUUCUCGGGCAGACGCUAGGAGAGGGCGAGUUCGGAAAGGUGAAACUCGGUUGGAAAAGAGAUGGCACCAUCCAGGUGGCUAUCAAGCUGAUUCGCCGGGAGUCGCUUGGAUCGAACCCCAGCAGGUUACCCAAGAUCUAUCGCGAGAUCUCGAUUUUGCGGGAGCUGGCUCACCCGAACAUCGUCCGGCUGCAUGAGAUGGUCGAAACGGACCGGCACAUUGGAAUCAUCAUGGAGUAUGCCUCUGGAGGCGAGCUUUUCGACCAUAUCUUGAACAACCGCUAUCUCAAGGACAAUGCCGCCCGGCGCCUGUUCGCGCAACUCGUGUCCGGCGUUGGCUAUCUCCACAAGAAAGGAAUCGUCCACCGAGACUUGAAGCUGGAAAACUUGCUCCUGGACCGGAAUCGCAACAUCAUCAUCACCGACUUCGGGUUUGCCAACACCUUCGACCCGAUUGACGAGCUGGGCGACGAGAUUGAAUACAAUCUGACUAACAAAGACUUUGUGAAGAGAAUGCGCCUCGACAAGCCGAACUCCAAGGGCCUACGACGGGGUGAUCUGAUGCAGACCAGCUGUGGGAGCCCCUGCUACGCCGCGCCGGAGCUCGUGGUAAGCGAUUCGCUCUAUACCGGGCGCAAGGUCGAUGUGUGGAGCUGCGGUGUCAUUCUGUAUGCCAUGCUGGCGGGCUAUCUGCCGUUCGAUGACGAUCCAGCUAACCCGGAUGGUGACAAUAUCAACUUAUUGUACAAGUAUAUUGUGACUACACCGCUGACAUUCCCCGAAUAUGUGACCCCCCACGCUCGCGAUCUCUUGAGACGCAUUUUGGUGCCAGAUCCGCGAAAGCGGGCGGACCUUUUCGAGGUUGCCCGGCACAGCUGGCUGAGCGAGUACUCGCACAUCGUAUCGCACAUCACAAGCAGCACAACCAAGGUUUCUGACAUCGCUACAGCCACGGUCGCCCAGGGUAUGGUCCCCUCUGGAAAUCCUGCUGGCCCGGUCGCUGAUUCGGCUCGCACAGAACCGCACAAAGAGGCACCGUCGCUGGCCCGGAGCGCAUCCGUCAGGGAACCUCCCAAGGCGUACCAGGGUAAUGUCUCUUCUGUUGGAGGACUCAUCCACCAUGCAGGGGACAUCUCGCAAGAACAAGCGAGCGAACGGUCCAAGACCCCCCGAGACACGAAACGACGCACCGUCCAGGUCGAAUACGUUGCUCCCCAGUCGCAGACGACCCGGGGCGAAGUUCCUGCUGGCGCGGAGUCUGCGGACAUGCCUGGGCCGUCCGAGCCUCGGGCAACGAGAACAAGAUCGAACAGCCGCGGCAUGGUGCCCAAUGUGCAGCCAAGCAUUCUACCCCACGAUGUGCACGGCGGGUCAAGCGUGCGGACAGAAAAGGCAGCCGCUGGCUCGGCGCCGGCGCCUGUGACAGUGCCUCACUUGCCUCGCUCGACUUCGGACACCACUGCCCCCCACGCAACCCGCCCAACCACCGGUGGCUCCAUGGCCUCGUUCAACGCCGGUCGUUUGCCAUCACGAGGAUCCUAUGGACAGCCGGUGGCCCCGACUGUGGCUGCGACCAACGCACAGGGUCGGCUGGCACAGCCUAAAAGCAAGCAAUAUGUCAUCUCCGCUCCGAUCCCGCAAGACCCGUCGCAACAGUCGAUUGGCCAGCCGAGUACUCAGCAACUUCCGGCCAAGUUCAACACAACCCCCAGGCAAGAAUCCCCCAAGGGUCACAAGCGAUCCAACACGGUAUCUAGCAUUGGCGAGAAGUUGUUUGGACGGUCUGGUUCUAUAUUUGGCGGACGAGGACAGGCGGGUGGCCCUCGGCAGAAGAAUGGCAAGCGUUACCCCCCCACGAGCAUGAAGGAGCCAUACGGCGGAGACGACACCCGGAUGUCUGUGGACUCGCGGCGGUCAAUUCAAUAUGGGUUCGGCCGCAAGACCAGCGAGACUGGUGCGGAAAACCGACCCCGGAGGUUCUCACUUCUGCCGCCGUCGUUCUCGCUGAAGGGCUUCUCUUCCAGCAGAUCACAAACGCCUGAGGAAGAGUCGCAAACAGAUCGCUCCACCGAGAACCGAGUCGAACCAAGCCCGUCAACCAGCGCCGUGCGCCCGCGCCCGCGCGCUACUAGCUACGGAACGCAGGAUACCUUUGGCAUGGCGCCCGAAGGAGUCCCAGGAGACGAGGCCGUAUCCCAGGAUGAGCCUGUCAACUACCAGGCACGAAUCGACCAGCAAUUUGCCGUGCUGCACUCGAAUCAGUCCGGUAUCUACCAACCGACCUCGUACAGUGCAACUUCGGCGGAACAAGUGUACCAAACCGACAACGACCACUACUACCGGAACCAGUACGCCAACCACUCGACACCUAACUACUCGGACGAUUACGCUGGCCCACACGACAAAGGGCCACGGCCGUCGAUGCAAGCCGGCCGACCUGGGAGAGGCACCGGUGUCUUGCCCAAAAACCAUCGCAAAUUCGCGGACGCCUACGAGUAUGAGCAGAACCUGGCACACCGUCCCGGCAGCUCCGGCGCCGCUCGGAAGGUGAUGGACUUCUUCCGUCGACGAGCCAAGUCGAGAGCCGGAGACGACCGGUAG